AUGAGCGUGAUGGCGUCGUCACGGCAAGUUCAGCGGAAGCCCAGUUUCAACAGUUCUGAGCCAAGUAAGAUUCGAAACAGAUAAAGACUGACUUUUAAAAACAGACUUCUUUAAGAAAUUACUAGCAGAAUUAAAAUUUUUAAUUUUUUGCAGGAUCAAGGGAAGGCUCCGCGGCUCCUCUAGUGAAAGCCUCCCCAUUUGGCCAAAUGCUCGAAGAUGUUUGGUUCAUAUUCUGGUGUGAAUUUAUAUCUUCUUCUUUAGGUUCGAAAAUUAGCGCUGUCCAAAUCGUUAUGGGAUGAUGAAAUGCAACGGGAUCUACCGAAAAAGUGGGAAAAGCAUGGAGAUUUGAUUAUUUUUCCGCAAAAUUGUUUCACACACACAAAUUGGCGGUUUAUUGGUACACUAUAGUUAAUUAUUCAAAAAAAAAGUAUGAUUUUGGAGGCCGUGAACUUUGGGGAGUUGUGGCAAAGUCUCUGAAAGUCGCGCGACUAGGUAGAAAACGACAAAUUGAUGAAAUGAGGACACCGCACGUCGAUUUAUUGUAUGGUAACGACGGAUGGGUGGAGCACGUCGAUGAACGGGGAGUACGGUAAAAUGACGUCACAAGAUAUUGUGAUUGUUAGUCUGCUGUAGGUAUCUCUACGACGCGUCCAAAAGAGUUUACAACAAUUCGAAGAACAACGAGAUGAAGCGUAUCUCGAAAUGGGCCUGCCAAGGACAGACCGUCGUCGACAUGUACGCUGGUAGAACUUUUCCCAAGUAAAAGUACUACAAACUCUUUUUCAGGUCUGGGUUACUACUCGAUGACAUUUCUGGUUGUCUGUGAGGCCAAGAACUUAGUAGCGGUCGACUGGGACGAGGAGAUUCUGGACGCCUUGGUCCGAAGCGCGCAAACAAACCACGUCGAAGACAGAAUCGUCGUCAUUCACGGUGACGCAAGAAGAGUCGGCAAUUCUGAUUGACGCCUUCUACUGGUCCGUCUUCAGGUGACACCUACAAUGGUGGCCGAUCGAGUCUACCUCGGCCUUCUGCCGUCCUGUCGUGCUCAUUGGCUGACGGCUUGCAAGGCAUUGAAGCCGGAAGGUGGCGUCAUUCAUAUCAAUGACAUUCUCGAUUCUACAGCCCCAAUUGUAAUCAGAAAGCCAGAACGUGUUGUUCGACAAACGUGGGUUCUGAGGCUGCCUGCUAGCCAAGUUUUCUCUUCUUUCUUUUCAGAACUCUACCAUCUCUACCGAGUGUCGAUGAAGAAAAAAACCCAACUUUAGAAGAAGUUGAAAAAACAGUUGAAAACCCCGCAGAAGAUCAAAAAACUGAUGCUUCCGAGGCUCCAGCUGGACCAUCAACGGCUCCUUUGGAAGGAGAAGCUGGAGAACAAAGGCAAAAACGCAAGUUCUCAAGAUCUGCUUCUAUCGUCGAGGAAAUGGAGAAAAGAGUUCUCCCAACCGCAAAAGUCAGUCAACUUUUCUUUUGAGUAAAGCAUUUUUUUUGAGGUCUGGAAGGAAUAUGAAGAAAACGGAUGGAACAAUUUGAAAGAUUUUCACAAAGAAUAUUCCAUGGAAUGUGCUCAAAAGUACUGAUAUCCUUCAUUAAAUCACGAAAUGAAUGAUUUUCAGUUGUAUUCGAUUCCUGAAUAAUAUUCAUUUGUCUGACGCCAUGUAUGGAGUUUCCAUUCUCAACUUAACAAGGUAAAAAUAUAAAAAAAAUUUGAACCUAUAUUUUGCAAUUUGUUUCAGAUACGGAGAAGUUUCAUCGAAAAAGGAACACGUCGUUCUUGAUUUGUUGUGUUACCCACAAGACGCAAGUGUGGAGCACAUGGCUUCAAAGUUUACAACGACUAAUCUCUCCGCAUAA